AUGCAAUUAGCAGUCUUAUCUUUAAUUGCUACUUUAUUAGCAUCAACAGUUGAUAGUAAACAAUUUAGUUCAAAAUUAACCCGAUUAUCAAAUGAUGAAACUUUAAAUCCUCAGGUGUUUCAAGAAUAUACUAAUGGUUUAACUAAUAAAUAUAUUAAUAUGUUUAAUCAUCAUGUUGGUAAUCCUGUUGCUCAAAGUAUUUUACAACAACAAGAACAAGUUCCAUUUGUUGAACAAGGUAAAGGUCAAUUUGAAGCUCCAUUAACCAAUUAUCUUAAUGCGCAAUAUUUUACUGAAAUUCAAUUGGGUACUCCUGGUCAAUCUUUUAAAGUUAUCUUAGAUACUGGAUCAUCAAAUUUAUGGGUUCCUUCACAAGAUUGUAGUUCAUUAGCUUGUUAUUUACAUCAAAAAUAUGAACAUGAUGAAUCUUCAACUUAUAAAGCAAAUGGUAGUGAAUUUUCAAUUCAAUAUGGUUCUGGUUCAAUGGAAGGUUAUAUAUCUCAAGAUAUUUUAGCAAUUGGUGAUUUAAUUAUUCCAAAACAAGAUUUUGCAGAAGCUACUUCUGAACCUGGUUUAGCUUUUGCAUUUGGUAAAUUUGAUGGUAUAUUAGGUUUAGCUUAUGAUACUAUAUCAGUUAAUAAAGUUGUACCUCCAAUUUAUAAUGCUAUAAAUCAAGGUUUAUUAGAUUCUCCACAAUUUGGUUUUUAUUUAGGUGAUACUAAUAAAAAUGAAGAAGAUGGUGGUUUAGCUACUUUUGGUGGUUAUGAUGAAAGUAAAUUUCAAGGUAAAUUAACUUGGUUACCUGUUAGAAGAAAAGCUUACUGGGAAGUUUCAUUUGAUGGUAUUGGUUUAGGUGACGAAUAUGCUGAAUUAACAAAAACUGGUGCUGCAAUUGAUACUGGUACUUCAUUAAUUACUUUACCAUCAACUUUAGCUGAAAUUAUAAACGCUAAAAUUGGUGCACAAAAAUCUUGGUCUGGUCAAUAUCAAGUUGAUUGUGAUAAAAGAGAUUCAUUACCUGAUUUAACUUUAAAUUUUUCUGGUUACAAUUUUACAUUAACUGCUUAUGAUUAUACUUUAGAAGUUGGUGGUUCAUGUAUUUCUGCUUUUACUCCAAUGGAUUUCCCAGAACCAAUUGGUGAUUUAGCAAUUGUUGGUGAUGCAUUUUUAAGAAAAUAUUAUUCUGUUUAUGAUUUGAAAAAGAAUGCAGUUGGUUUAGCCCCAACUAAAAUUUAA